GUGCUCCUGUUAUCGGAAAAUGAAAAAGACUCCUCCUCAAAAAAGAAGACGAGGAAGAAAAAAUAAAAGUAAAAGAGACUGUUGAAAUUUCCGGUACUUGACCUACAUCGAGCGGAGAAUGAGGCGAUCUCAGCUCCUCAUUUGAUUCGAGCUAGGGUUUCGAUUUCGUCCGGCGAUGACGAUGAUGAGCAGCAGCAGCAGCUUGGGAUCGAGCGGCGGCGAGAAGUUCCCAGUGGGGAUGAGGGUUCUCGUGGUGGACGAUGACGUCACCUGCUUGAAGAUUCUCGACCAAAUGCUCCAGAGGUGCCGAUAUCGUGUGACAACUUGCUGUCAGGCUACUGUAGCUUUAUCCCUUCUUAGGGAGAGGAGAGGCGGUUUUGAUGUAGUAAUAAGUGAUGUUCACAUGCCUGACAUGGAUGGGUUUAACCUGCUUGAGCUUGUUGGUCUUGAAAUGGAUCUUCCAGUUAUCAUGAUGUCUGCUGAUGGGGGAACCGAAACUGUAAUGAGGGGAAUAAAGCAUGGGGCUUGUGAUUAUUUGAUUAAGCCUGUACGCAUUGAAGAACUGAAGAACAUAUGGCAGCAUGUAAUUAGGAAAAAGAAGUGGAACGAAUCUAGAGAACUAGAGUAUUCAGGUGGUGAUGACUCAGAUCCUAAUAGGCGUGUUUCAGAAGACACUGAGUGUGCUUCCUCUGUGAAUGAUGGAGCAGAUGGAAUUUCGAUGUCUCAUAAAAAGAAAAGGGAAGACAAAGAAGAUGAAGAUGAUGGUGAACUUGACCAUGAGGAUCCUUCUUCGUCAAAGAAGCCUCGUGUGGUAUGGUCUGUGGAACUUCACCAGCAGUUUGUCAGUGCUGUGAGCCAACUUGGGAUUGAAAAGGCUGUUCCAAAGAGAAUUCUUGAACUGAUGAAUGUUCCUGGAUUAACUAGGGAAAAUGUUGCAAGCCAUUUGCAGAAAUUCAGAUUGUACUUGAAGAGAAUAAGUGGUGUAGCUCAACAACAGAAUGGAAUUCCUAGUUCUUUGUGUGGACCUGUAGAGCCAGAUGCAAAAGUGGGUUCUGGGGGAAGGCUCGAUUUCCAAGCUCUUGCAGCCUCAGGCCAAAUCCACCCAGAAACCCUUGCUGCCCUGCAUGCUGAGCUUUUAGGCCGUCCUUCAGGCAGCUUAGUAUUUCCAGCUAUGGAUCAGCCAGUUUUGCAAUCUUCGAGACAAGGUCCUCAAUGCAUUCCUUCUGAGCGAGAUGUCCAAUUUGGUCAGCCUCUUUUUAAAUGCCAAUCUAGGAUAACUAAGCAAUUCCCAACUAGUGGAAUUGGUGAGAAUAUGUCUGCUGAUUUUUCAAUCUGGCCGUCAAAUUAUCUAGGCACUGCAGAUGCCAUAAAAAACGUUGGAGGGGUGAACAAUACUCCAAAAGUUAACAUGAUGAUGCAGGUGUUGCAGCAGCAGCAGCAGCCAUACCCUGUGGUCUCAGAGCCGCAUCAUAUAAUUAAUGUGCAGCCAUCUUGUCUAGUUGUUCCCUCUCGACCAUCAAAUUCUUUAAGUGUUAGCCAAGGUUCUUUACUUCUGAAUCAAAGCUCCAUAGGUGUCCAAUCAGAAUCAUCAAACAAAUUUCAGUCCGAGAACAGUUCUGGUACCGUCAAAUCCAGUUCAAACAUUAACGGAGUUCCAGAGUACAGACUGCCAUCACUAUCAAACAAAGCUUCACUGCAUUUAGAACAAUCCGUAGUUGGGGAUACAACAAAUAUCGGGGUGUUAAAUGGGUCUUCAGUGUCUUUUUCAUCAUCGCUAUCAUCGUAUUCAACUUCUACAAAUAGCGGCACAGGUUGGCGAUUACAUCACUCGAACAUCAAUGAUAGUCCUGCUACCAGAUUGCCUGUAAAUUUACCUAAUAUUAUGUCUCAAGGCUCUGAGCGAAAGGCAGGGAAGUCAUUUGAUCAAGCACAAGCAAGAAAUCUUGGUUUUGUUGGUAAAGGUACAUGCAUCCCCAGCCGGUUUGCAGUGGAUGACAUUGAGUCUCCUACCAGUGAACAGUGUGUUAGGAAUACAAGCACAGGUGACGAUGGAGCUAGAGUAAAGCAAGAGCUUCAACUGGAUUUCACGGACAGUUCUCAAGUUGGUGGGAGUACAAUGCUUCCACAUUUUUCUUCAAAUAACUUCAUGAGUGUUCUUUCCGAGUAGAGAUGGGUUGCAAGGACACUUUACAGAAUGUUAGAAUCAUUUCACGGAUGACACUGAUGUACUGUUUCAUUGUUGUUGUAUUAUUUUAGUAAUAUAUGUUUAACAGCCCAUGCUCAAAAAUACCUGGAAGAAGACGUCUUGAUGAAGCGGGUUUAAUAACCCAUGCCCCAAAAUGCCUGGAGGCUGAGGCACAGCUUGCUCCAACUUGUUGUAAAGAUAUUGUUCCAUGAUAUUGGAGAAGAAAGAUUUCGUGAGCUUAUCAAAGUUGGUAGAAUAAGUUGGCACCAUUCUCUUGUUAAAUUAUGUUACUAUAUGUAUAAUCUGUUGAAAUGAAGUAGGAAGCUUUUAAACAAGUUGUGUAUAUGUUGGAUACCAGAAGCAAUCUCGUUGAGAAUAUCCAUUAUAAUUUGCUUCGAUCAACAAAUUAUGUAAUGUUGAGUAGGAUGUUUUUUACCAUGACCACUUAGUGGGCAAUCCUAUUGUACUGUUGUGCAAUUU